AGUGAAGAUUAACAAAGUACAUAAGUGAUAUAUCAAUAAGUAUAUCAUCUAAACUAGUCCUUCGGACCGCAAUUGCGGUACAAUAACAGAAAUAGAUUAGAUUAGUCGGAGUGAAUGUCGCAGUUCGGAAUAUAACUUCUUCAAGAAUGUCUCAGUUCGGAAUAUAACUUCACAUCGACCAGUGAAAUUACUCAAGACAGCUUUGCGACUAAAUUGUCUAACAUAAAAAUGUUAUCGUUCGGCGAAGAGUAUAAUGAAAGAACAUCUGGUGUCACAAAGAGAACUAUCUUUAAUAGUCAGAACCAAUCUAUUAUAUCUUUCCGUGUUCAAUCCGAAUGUAGUGCAGAUGAAUGGAAAGAAAAGUCAGCGCAAAUAGUUUGCGACAUUCUGAAAGAGCGUGAUGUGAUUGUAGUCAGUAAAGGGGACCAACUAAUGGAUUUGAUAAGUGACGAUGUCAGGAAAUCUCAUCAAUAUUACGUACAUGUUAAUACAACGAAAGUGAAAUCAUUUGUACCAGAACCAGAAUCCAAUAUAAUGCAUUAUGCCACAUGGGUAAGAAAGCUUCCGUUAGAAGUAGUUGAGGAUCUCGUUAGCAGUCCUGAAUUUAUAUUUGGAAAUCUGUGGUUCCUCGUUCCGUCUACCAAUAGCGCGCAAGUUACUGACGAUGUGCGUCAACUUACACCAAGCACCUUCGCCGAAUUUCCUCAUUUAUGUAACGAAGCAAUUUCUUCUCCCGCAAUGUACGAUGGCUGCGAAAUCUUAUGGUUCAACCCUGACAAAAGAACCGCGCUUUCUGUAUAAAAUGCUUUAAUCAAAU